AUGAAAGCCGUGAGCCCCGUCCGGCACCCCGGGCGCAAGGCGCAGCCCGCCGGGGCGGGCGGCGGUGGCGGGCAUCCGGCACUGCGGUGCCUGGCCGAGCACAGCGGCUGCAAAGGGGGCGAGGAGCCGGCGGCCCUGUGCCUGCAGUGCGAUAUGAAUGACUGUUACAGCCGGCUGAGGAGGCUGGUGCCCACCAUCCCGCCCAACAAGCGGGUCAGCAAAGUGGAGAUCCUGCAGCACGUCAUCGACUACAUCCUCGACCUGCAGCUGGCUCUGGAGACGCACCCGGCGCUGCUCCGGCAGCCGCCGCCCGCCCUGCACCCGGGCGGUUGUCCCGCGGGCACCCCGCGCACCCCGCUGACGGCCCUCAACACCGACCCGGUAAGAGGCUGGCUCUGUUAACAAGCCGGGGGACAGCAUCCUCUGCCGCUGAGCGCCGCUGCCCAGGUGCACGGCGGGGGGGCGGGCGGGGCGAUGCCCGUUCUGAGCCGCUCCCAGGCUCCGGCCGGCCCCCGUCUCCCCGUGCGCGACUCCCCGGCCCCGCUGCUCUUCUUUCUCCCCGCGGUGUUGGCGGUGGGGUCGGACCGAACAGGAGGAGCGGCGGCUCUGCCCCGGGACCGAGUGCGACGGAGGGACGAGCACGGCUCCACCGCGCAGCGCUGCCGACCUCCGGAGCGCGUAUAGAUAGACCUCGUCUAUUGUUUAAAAUAGAUGGCUUAUGGGGCCCGGGAACUUUUCUUCUCCCUGCAGGAAUGUUGCAUACUGUACAGAGAAACGAGUGACAUUUCAUACAGUGUACAUAGAGAGAUGUUCUAUAAGUGUGAGAAAAGUAUAUGCUUUAAUAGACUACUGUAAUUAUAAAAUAUUUUUAAUUAAAUAUUUUUUUGUAAAUAUGAUAAAAAGUGUGUAUGUUUUUUUUAAAUCUGUGGGAAUCUCUCUUUAGAAGACGGCGGCUCAGUGUGGAGCUCCGGUAUGGAAAUAUCCCGUAUGCGUAGGGCUUCUUUGUCCCCAUGUCCCUUAGCCUCGGCUGUAGCGGUGGUCCUGCAUGAUUGCAUGCCAUGUCUGAUUGCAAAUAAACUUGUUCCGACUCAUACAGAAGUGUUUUCCUCGACCUAGACUUGAAAUGUUUGUAAAUGUAUUAUACAUGGAGCCUCCGCUUGUGUCACUGAGCACAGGGGGGUUUUGGUGCGUUCUAUACGCAUAGGAGUAGGAUGUAGUGUUUUUUACUGCGAAUGGACAUUCUAUCUACUUUUUGCAUUAUGGGGCAGUGCUUUAGCUCUUUAAUCGGCUUUUUUAAAAGACCUGCUGUUGCAUCAGAUCAAGAAAUUUGCUCUGGAACUAUAGUACCAAAAGGGUUUUUUGGGAACCUGCAUUCCUAUGCUCUUACUAACUGCUUGAAAAGCGAAUACAGUUCCCUGCUUGCAACCAAAGGGCAACCCACAAACAAAACCAGUCACUGUUUUCUUCAUCCAAAGAGUAUUAGUGGGGGACUGUGGGAAGGCGUAUGGGCAACACCGUUACCAUCAGCGGUGUGGACUCAUCUGCAAUGAGCUUAAGUAGACCAAAAAAAUCAGAACUGUGUCAAGAUUAUUUUUCUAGCACCAAGUAACUUUCGUUUCACUGCAGCUAUGUUACAGCUAAAAUCCUGUUUAAUCUCUGUGAUGUGUAAUUACUACAUGUGAACAUUAAACUAGAUUUACCUGUCUUUA